AUGCCAUCGGGACAUAGUGCACCACCACGCAUAAGAGCCUCCAAGAGCUGUGGGAACUGCCGGGCUAUCAAGCGACGAUGUGACCUGCAGAUCCCCCAUUGCGGACAGUGCAUCCGCCAGCGCGAACAGUGCCCUGGCUAUCGCGAUCAAUGGGACCUCGUCUUCCGCGACCAGACCGACCAUACCAUCAAGCGGUCCAAGCAGAAGAGGGCGCAGAGGGCGGCCGCGACCGGCUCUUCUCUCCCUCUGACCCCAUCUCACCCCCAGCACGCGGCCCCGCCCCCGCCCGCCCGUGGCCCUAACCCCGGCGUCGAUGAGAUAGGCGUCAACUACUUCCUGCACCAUUUUGUCAUGAGCGAUGACUCCCCGUCCCGCGGUUUCCUCAACUACAUCCCAGUGGUGUAUACCGCCGAGGCCGAGCACUGCACCCUCGUCGCCAGCAUGGCCGCCGUAGGCCUCCUGGCGCUGGCUAAUUCGACGCGACAGCCCGACCUGGUCGGGCACGCCCGCGUCAAGUACUCGGAGGCGAUCCGUAAUGUCAACGCCGCCCUGGCAUCGCCAACCGAGUCCGUCAAGGACAGCACCUUGAUGUCGGUGAUCUCGCUGGGGGUGUUCGAGCACGCCUCUAACUUCGAGUCGUGGGUCCGACACGUCCGGGGCGCCGCCGCCUUGAUCGUCGCCCGCGGCAAGAACCAGUUCGCCAGGAAGGCCUCCAUCUUCAUGUUCAACCAGGUUCGCGCCGAUCUGGUGGUCGCCUGUCUCCAUAGUAAUCAGCCGUUCCCGGACGACAUGUACAAGCUGCAGGAAGCGGCAGCCCCGUUCGUGGAGUCCUCCCGUACGUUCUGGCUCAUGGGGGUCGUGGCCAGUCGCUGUGCGAAUCUUACUUACGCCGUCAUACGGAAUGCUGGGGAGAUCCCAUAUUCCGAUCUGCUGGAACAGGCGACGGUGCUUCAGGCCGAGUUCCAAAGCGUCUUUGCCGUCCUCGCCGUACAAGAACCGUAUAUAACCACCCUCGAACCGGAUCGGGACCCGGAAUUCUUUCACAACGGGCGAUAUGACCUCUAUAAGCACACUUAUGCCAUCCGGGUCUGGAACAACUCGCGGUGCAUGCAGAUGAUCCACUGCGAGGUGAUGUGCUAUCUCCUGCAGAAGGCCCUCGCGACAGACCUCCCACCGGCCAUCAGGGAGUCUCUGAGCCUACGGCUGCAGGAGACCCUGAAAAUCCAGCUUAAGCUAGGAGAGGACAUCCUGGCCACGGUUCCACAGACGUUAGGAUUGGUAUCGCUGGAACCUACACCCCAAACCCCACUCAACUUCUCCUCCGAUGCCAACGUAUCAGGUGGAUAUCUCUUGAUCUGGUGUCUCUACCUAGUCGGACGAUCCCCCGUCACCACCAGUAAAUCCCGGAAGUGGAUUAUCCGGCGUCUGCAGGCCAUUGGUGAAGUCGCAGGCACCAAAAUGGCUCUGCAGCUGCUGGCAGAUAUAGUGAAGAUGGACCAAUCAGCCGGCUGA